AUCAAGUGCAGGAGAAAUGGGCGAGGGUGCCAAUGGAAAAGAACUCCACUACAAGAGAGUACUAGUUCAUCGAAUAAUUUCUGGGUUUGUAGUACAAGGUGGUGACAUAUCUCAUGGGGAUGGGAAGGGAACUGAAUCUGUAUAUUGUGACACCUUCCCUGAUGAGAAUUUCAAGGUCAAACAUUCACAUGCAGGUAUUGUUUCCAUGGUGAAUUCUGGACCUGAUUCCAAUGGCUCACAAUUCUUCGUAACCACAGUCAAGGCCAGCUGGUAAGUCAUUUCACUUAAAAGAGUAGAAAGGCUUAUCCAAUUAAAUCCAACGGCAAACUCUUAGAGAACUUGCUUAUAGGCAUGUGCCACAUUAUGAGCCUUCCAAAGACCAUGAUGUCAAUAGUUAUAGGGAUUAUUAUUAUGGACCUUCUGUAUGUCAUGAACCUCAAUAUGCAAACCCUAAUGACUAUUCACACAUGUAUCAUCCACCAUUGGGUGAAAGUGAACAUCUAGACAAUACCCAACUCACACAUUUGUCACUUGUGAAUCAGUUAGAGGCUCGGAUCA